UUUUAAGUUUUAUUAAUUGUCAUUAACAACACCCAGUGCGUAGGAAAUGGCAGAGUGAUUUGUUAGAGGUUCUUUUCUUCAGGAAGUGUAAACCUUCAAUUAUUCACAGAAGUGAUAAAAUAGCUGUGAUUUUAGUGUUAAUGUAUUAUAGGAUUGUUUUUCUAUCUAUUCAGCAAUAAGAUUCAAUUUGAAAUAGACUGAGCUUUUGACAUUCGUUCAAAGUUUGUAUCGCGUUUGAAUUUGAGGUUGGUUACGGAUCUUCUUCAUUGAUUCAUUUGGGGACAGUCAAUGUUUUGAUAUUCAUAUCAUUUCUAAUCAGUAAGUUUUAUAAUUCUAACAUAUAUUGUGGCUGUGAAUAAUUAAUUCUUGGAAUUAACAAAUUACCAAGGUCUCGUCAUGAGGUAUGCUCAAUUGGUUAUGGGCCCUGCUGGCAGUGGUAAAUCUACUUACUGUUCGAAUCUGGUAAAACAUGCAGAAGACUCCAGAAAAGUUAUUAAUGUGGUCAAUAUUGAUCCUGCAGCUGAAUACUUUGACUACGAACCGUUGGCUGACAUAAGAGAGUUGAUUCACGUCGACGAUGCAAUGGAAGAUGAAGACAUGAAAUUUGGGCCAAAUGGAGGUUUGGUUUUCUGCAUGGAAUACCUCUUGGAAAAUUCAGAUUGGCUCAAAGAGCAGUUAGGAGAAGAUGUUGACGACGACUACAUCCUUUUUGAUUGUCCUGGACAAAUUGAACUCUACACACAUAUGCAGACCAUUCGUCAACUUACUGAUCUAUUGAAAAACUGGAACUUCAACAUUUGUGCGGUGUUUCUUGUUGAUGCUCAAUUCAUGGUUGAUGGACCAAAAUUCCUCUCAGGUACAAUGGCAGCACUGUCAGUAAUGGUGAAUCUUGAACUGCCCCAUGUGAACAUUCUAACCAAAAUGGAUUUGCUUAGUAAAUCAGCGCGUAGCAAGUUGGAUAAUUAUCUAGAUCCUGAUCCUCAAUACCUGCUCACUGAUAUUGAAGCUACUCAUUCCAAGUGGGGGCGCAAUCAUCAUCGUCUUUCUGAAGCUAUUGGACGUAUUAUUGAGGACUUCAGCCUGGUGAGGUUUAUUCCUCUUGAUCUUCGUGAUGAUGAGAAUGUAGCCGAUGUCAUGAUGACCAUUGACAACAUCCUGCAAUAUGGUGAAGAUGCUGAUGUCAAGACCAAGGACUUCGAAUACCCCGAUGAGAACGACAGAGAGGAUAGCUUCAGCUGAAUAAUAAACUUUGAAAUUUUGCUUUGUAUUUUGGGACUGAUGUGUUGUUUUUAUUUGACUUUCAUGCUGGGUCUAUACGAUGGCAGCAUCAAUUGAUCCCAUUAUUGUUGUAUUUUAGUUUUAUCAAUAUUAAUUUGUCACACUGCA